AUGAGUCUGUACCACAUCAGCCUUCCAUGUACCAACUUGAAAGCAUCAGAAGAGUUUUACGCAACAGUACUAAAGCCUUUAGGCUAUAAAACGUACCUUCAAACUCGUAAUAAGACUUUCUUCAGACCAAGCUGGUCAUUUCACCCCGAACUUUCUUUGAGACGUGAUAGAUCUUAUGGGCCAAUCGGAGGUACUCGUAUCACCAUUCACACAUCAUCCCGAUCACAAGUCGACAAAUUUUAUGUUCUCGGUCUAGCCAAAUCUAAUAAUAUCCAAAGCGGAGAGAUCAACGAUUAUCCAAAUGCCUACACAGCUUCUAUCGUCGACUUUGACAGCAAUGUCAUUGAAGCAAUUUACCUAAAAUCAUGGGUGACCAAGGUCAUCAUCCCAUUUCCAAUGACCCCGGCAGCGAUUUGUGGCGCGCCUUAUCUGGUAGUUGCUUCUUCUAUCUUCAAAGGACUUGGAGAGUGGUACUAUUUUAUCUUUAACACAAUAUGGAUAUUGAUUGUUGCAGGUCUUAUUUAUGUGCAGCUUGAUUCAGAGAGGUCAACACAGAGAUUAGAAGAUUCUGGGCAGCUGAGCCUUGAAAAACGAGACAAAACGUCGAGGGCCAGGCUAGCAUCUAGAGAUGUGGAUUGA